UGGGAGCCAAGUCAGAAUGGAGGAUCCAGUCAAGGCAAAAAGAUCAAAAAUGAGUUCACUGGAGCAAUUGAAAAAAUUCACGACAAUUGUCGCCGAUACCGGUGAUUUUGAAAGCAUGAAGCUUUACAAGCCCACCGAUGCCACCACUAAUCCUUCACUCAUUUUGAAUGCCGCCAAAAUGGAGCGUUACCAAGGCCUUGUUGAAAAGGCCGUGGAAUAUGGCAACAAGGUUGGAGGAACUGCCGAGGAAAAAGUCGAAGAAGCCAUGGAUUAUUUGUGUGUCUUGUUCGGUUGUGAAAUUCUGAAAAUUGUUCCCGGUCGUGUAUCAACCGAAGUUGAUGCCCGCCUAUCCUUUGACACAGAAAAGAGUGUCAAAAAGGCCUUAAAGCUGAUUGGCUUGUAUGCCGAUAUGGGUGUAGCCAAGGAACGCAUCCUUAUUAAAUUGGCCUCCACCUGGGAGGGCAUUCAGGCGGCAAAAAUCUUGGAAUCCGAACAUGGUGUUAAAUGUAAUCUAACAUUGUUGUUCUCGUUUGCCCAAGCUGUGGCUUGUGCCGAAGCCAAGGUCACUUUGAUUUCGCCCUUUGUGGGCCGCAUUUUAGAUUGGUAUGUCACCCAUACCGACAAAAAGAAAUACGAACCCAAGGAAGAUCCCGGUGUUGUUUCGGUUACAAAAAUCUAUAAUUAUUAUAAAAAGUUUGGUUAUCCCACCGUAGUAAUGGGUGCCUCCUUUAGAAAUACCGGUGAAAUUAAGGCUUUGGCUGGUUGUGAUUUGCUAACAAUUGGACCCUCUCUACUCAAGGAAUUGGAAAAUGACACCGAAGAAAUUGUACCACAAUUGAGUGCUGAAAGUGCAGCCGGUGUGCCAUUGGAAAAGAUCAACAUUGAUGAACCGACGUUCAGAUGGAUGUUGAAUGAAGAUGCCAUGGCAACGGAUAAAUUGUCGGAGGGUAUUCGUAAAUUUGCCGUUGAUGCUGUGGCCUUGGAAAAUCUCAUUAAACAACGUUUGGCUUUGUAA